AUGCAAUAUGUAAAGAGUAGCUUGGAGGUGGUCUUCUUAUUACCGAUCGACUUUGGUCUGGUCGAAGAAGCUUUACCAGAUUUCGCAGGACUGGUCUUUCUGGAAGAUGCGGAUUUACUUGGCUUUCGUGAGGGAGACUUGGGAGAUGUAGAAGCUUUGCGAGACUUGGACUUGGGAACUGUGCCUUUCCUAAGCCUGGAGGCUUGGGCUUUGCGAGCCUUGGACUUGGAUGCCUUUGACUUGGAUCCGAUACCUUUCGCUUUACGGGACUUGGAUGCAGCAGCCUUUCCGGACUUCGAUACACCUUUCUUGGAGGUCAAUCCUUUACGAGGUUUCGAUUUGGCGCUCUUGUUGGAUUUGGACGUCGACGAUUUGCGAUUCUUGGAGUUGGGGGUCUUGCGAGACUUGGAGACACCUUUCUUGGAUGCAGAUGCCUUGCGAGAUUUGGAGGCAGCGUUCUUCUUAGACUUGGGCAAUUGGCUCUUGCGAGAUUUGGCUACACCCUUCUUGUUGGGUUUCGACGAGGCAGUCUUGCGAGACUUGGACGCGGCAUUCUUUUUCGACUUGGAUGCAUUACCCUUAGUUUUGCGGGACUUGGACGCGACGCUCUUGCCAGAUUUGGGCUUGGAAGACUUGCGCGGCUUGGACACUGCGCCCUUCCCCGAUUUAGAUUUGGAAGCUUUACCAUUCUUGGAGCCAGAGCCCUUUCGAAACUUGGAAGCGGAUGAAUUACGCGAUUUAGAGGCAUUUGCCUUGCCCUUCUUGCCUUUAUUGGACUUGGCCGCGGAUGAUUUGCGGGAUUUGGAUGCGACACCCUUUCCAGCCUUGGAUUUAGGUGCUUUCCCAGACUUGGACUGCUUGCGGGAUUUGGAUGCAGCGUCCUUUCCAGACUUGGAUGGAGACGCCUUUCGAGACUUGGUGGUGGCCUGCUUGCCGGCCUUUGACGAUUUGCGAGACUUGGACACGCCAUUCUUUCCAGACUUGGAUGCAGGUGCCUUACGUGACUUUGACGUAGUGGACUUGUGGGACUUGCCAGACUUUGACGCUGUAGCUUUGCGUGGAUGA